CGCGAUGUCAGGGACGCGACGCGGAGUUGUUUACUUCGCGCACAUGCGGCAGAGGAGCCAGGGAAGGAAGGACGGCCUCCAAAGGACUCCCAGCACCUCCUGCCGCGCCACCCGUGCACAAAAGAGAACACCUUCGACCCCGCCUCUGUACAAGAGCGACAGUGAGCCUCCACCAUGGGGGACGAGCAGAACAACCAUAACGGCGAGGCUGAAAGGAAGGACGAGGACGUGGGUGCUGAGGGGGACGAGACCACGGACGACGAAGGGGGUGUGGACACACCACCUCCUCAGGACAGGGACGAGGAGGACCUACAGCCCGAUGAAGAAGGCAACUACGAGUUUGCAAGGACUGCAUCAUUUCAGCGCACACAAGCAGAUGACGUAAAGGUGGAACAGAUUGUGGACAUGGAGUGCCAGAGACGCUGGAAGUGCCCCGUAAAAUUCCGCGUCAGAUGGGUUGGUUAUGGAGAAAAGGAUGACACUUGGCUGCCUGCAUCUGAGCUUAGUUGUGAUGACCUUAUUAAGGAGUUCUUAGAGAUCUCUGGAAGGACAUCAGAAUACAGGAAUGCAAUGGCUCCUAAGAAGCGAGCAGGGGAGGACUCUGAAAGAAGGAUUGAAACACGAAGAAUUAUCAACAAAUUCUCGUACAGUGAGCUAGAAGAAGAUGAAGAUGAAGUCAUCCCAGCAGGCACUAGGUCACGUAAGGUCAAGACAAAGGCUGAGAAGAAGGUGGUGAAACCCCCUCCACCCAAGCGGAGGAAGCUGUUGCCGCAGGGCAACAAAAAGGGCAUCAAGAAGGAGGAGCCAGAGGAGUUUGAGGUGGAGGCAGUAGUGGACCACCGCGUGCGGGGGCGCUUCACGGAGUAUAAGGUGAGGUGGAAAGGCUUUGGCCCCAAGGAUGACUCCUGGGUCCCUGAGGCUGAGCUUAACUGUGACACCCUCCUCAACAAGUACUUCAAGACAGCAGGAGCCAAGCAGGAAGAGGUGUAUGAGGUGGAAGCCAUCAUGGGCUUGAGGGAAGUGAAGGGACGCACCGAAUACAAAGUGCGAUGGAAGGGCUGGAGUGCAAAGUAUGAUUCGUGGCUGUCUGAGGAGGAGUUGAAUUGCCCUGACCUCCUGAAACGUUUCCUGUCAACCCUAGAGAAGUUGGAGAAGCAGGAAGAUUGGCAGGUGGAGAAGAUCCUGGACUCCAAAGAUAAGAAAGGCAAGAUUGAGUAUUUGAUCCAGUGGAAGGGAUGGGGCCCCAAGUACAACACGUGGGAACCUGAGGAAAAUCUCUCUGGCUGUCAGCAGAUCUUGGAGCGUUUCAAGGAGUCUCAGCAGAAGGAAAAGGACAAGAUGCUGAAAGAGGGGCGGAGAAUGCGAGAGGAGAGGCCAACAACCCAGAGGUUUGUCGACAACUUCUCAGAAGGAACUCGCUCCCGGUCACGAAGAGCCGGCAAAAACCGUUCAUAUUCAGAGUUUUAUAACCAGUGAAUUUGUGACAGGUAGAGAAAGAGAAUGAAAAGAAGAAAGAACUCUUCUUGACCCUUUAGAAAAAAAAGGAUAAUUUUUUAAGGAGCAUUAAACUUUAUAGGAUGAAAAGAAAGUUGAACACCUAUAUGUUGAGAAUUCAUUAGCAGUGCAGUGCAUUUUAGGGUGUUGUGUAUCCAUUGGCAUUGCAGUGGUAGUGAAUACUCAUUUUACUUUCAUAGCAGAAAAAAAGAAUUGUGAGAAUAAUCACAUGCAGAUUAGAAAAAUGUUUUAGUUAUCAUGUCCUAUUUUUGUAGAGCAGAAAGUCCUGUAUUAGCAGAAAAUUGUUAUGUAAUACAUAUCCAUUCAUUUGUAAAGUUGUAGAUUUCUGUUAUCCAGAUGGAACUCUUGUCUUGUUGCAUUUUUAUAUUUAAUUUUUAUUUUUUUUGUUUUUGCUUCUUUUAGAAAUUUAUGAACCAAACUUCUCAUUGUUUUUAGUUACUCAAAAGCCAUGGGUGAAAAUAGGGUAUAUAAAUGUGUCAAUUAUGUGAAACUUGAAAUAUUGCCAGAUAGAACUCAAUGAUCUUGAAAUAUUUGUGUUGCAGGAGUUCUGCAAUUUUUUUCACCUGUGCUCAAAAGCAGAUUUUUGCAUUUUAACUGUUAGAAUAUCAUAUUAUAGGAAAAUAUUUUUUUUUUUUGUUCAAAUUUGUAAUAUUUGCAAAUGUUUUAUAUUUUGAUACAUUAUUUUAAAAACAUUAUUUCCAGAUUGUAUGAACUCUUUACAUUAUUUAUAUAUGUAUAUGUAAUUCAGUGGUGUAAUAAGGGGGUGUAAGAGGUUUGUUUAGCCAGUUGAAGCACAUAAUUAUGACUCGAAUAUGUCCUAAGAUGUAUUCAGAAUAAUUUCAGAUGUUAC